AUGGAUCGGCGUCAGAAUUAUUCUCUGCAGCCAUCGGAGAGUAAGGAACCUUUACCUCUACAGGCAGUCUAUGCGGUCUCGGAUUCUACAGAUAAUAAGUGGUCUAACAAUGCAGAUAAUCAGAAUGUAGCAGAAAUCAAAACCGGCAAACGUACAAUGGGAAGAUUUAUGUUACUCUUAUUCAUAAUGGUGUCUCUUAUUUACAGCUUCAUACUUGCCCAGCUCGUCACAACACAGUACAUGUACGCCUACAUCCGCAGGGAUAGGUUCCCAAAUGUAAGUUUCAGUAGUAACGAAUCGAAAUGUGAGAUAAACAUAACAUCACAGCUAUUUCACGAUCAACAGACUGUACAAAAACUAGCAGCUCAACUCAAUAUCUACUUGGAUUUGGCGAAAGGAAUUCCUGGAACACUGAGCAUUUUCUUGUACGGUUCUUUUAGUGAUAGAUAUGGCAGAAAGAUCAUUCUCCUCAUCCCUUUUAUAGCAAACAUGCUUAAAUGUAUUCUUAUUACUUUAGGGACAUAUCUCAACUGGAACAUUUACGUGUUCAUUAUUUUUAGCUUUAUUGACGGAGUUGGAGGAGGCUGGGUUCUUGCUAUGUCUAUUGUCAUGUCCAUGGUUGCUGACAUCACAGAGCCGGGAAAGACGCGGACGUUUGCUAUAGCGAUGACCGAACUGUCUUUAGGAUUUGGGCUAAUAAUCGGAGGUUUUACUUCCGGUUUUAUAAUUCGAGCAAAAGGUUUCACGUAUGUGUUAGUAAUAAGUUCUUGUUGUUCGCUUGUACCAAUAUUGUUGUUGAUUUUUGUACAAGAAACGUUACGCAAACCAAAGGACGAUCAGAGGAAAUCUGUUGCUAAACUUGCAGUCGACAUUUACGUGUUUUACUUCAGAGACAUUUCCAUCAAUGGGAAAAGAAAAAUAUUUCUAGUGUGCAUGGUGAUCUAUUUCCUGAACAUUCAGGCAGCAAUCGGUUCUCAUGGAAUAGAAACUUUGUAUGGCUUGAACUCGCCAUUUUGUUGGAGUUCAGUGGAGGUUGGAAACUAUGCUGCUAUAAACCAUGGAUUACCGUUCGUGACAGGAAUGCUACUAUUUCGUCCAUUACAGUGGUGUCUAGAAGAGACACUCAUAGCCGUUCUAGCUGUUCUGUCUAAUUUUACUGGGAUGGUACUAGAGGCGUUGUCCUAUACUACAUUGAUGCUAUUCUUCGUCCCAGUAUUGAGCUUUGCUAGGACUAUGGCAGUACCGGUACUUCGAGGAGUCAUGUCACGUCUAACACCACAGGAUAAACAAGGUAGUAUGUUUGGCGGGAUGGCUAUCGUGGAAACGUUUUGUUCACUGUUUGGCGGUGUGGCGUCCAACGCUAUAUAUGGGGAGACCGUGGAUACAUUCCGGGGAACAGCUUUUCUUGUUCUGGCCGCAUAUUUAUUUCUCGGCUUUUUGUUAGCUAUAUUACUACAUUGGUUCAUCAGACGCCUAAACAAAGACAAACCGAUGAAAGGAUAUUCGAAAACAUAA